CCGGACCUUAAUAAUUUCUGAAGUACAUAUUAAACCAACAUGUCCAUGAUUUGCCAGCAUUCCUUUAAGCAUCUGGUUAAUCAUCUUCAUACACAAGACAUCCAAACCCAAAGUAUGCUCUCCUUUCUGAAUGAUUAAGCCAGGCUUCCCAUAACAUUUCACUGUCAAGUAGGGCCAUGACAAUGAGUUAACAGCAAAGUGAAAGGAAAAUACAUAUAAUCGAGCUUCUCAGGUCAUAGAAUCUGCUGUGAAAAAUAAGAAAAAAAAUGGGAAAAGGAAAGAGUGAUGAUGCCAAAAAGGUGAAAAGAAAAGGAAACACCAAGAUGCAACUCAAAAGAAAUAUAGGUUAUUUUGACGGAGUAAGUUUUAUUAUAGGAUCAAUAGUAGGGGCAGGGAUCUUUGUGUCUCCCACAGGGGUGUUAAAGCAUUCCCUGCUUAAUGUCGGCGUUGCACUAGUGAUCUGGACUGCUUCUGGUCUGGUUUCUCUGAUGGGUUCUCUCUGCUACGCAGAGCUGGGCACUGCUCUGCCGUUUUCUGGAGGGGAAUACAGCCACAUUAAAAGAGGCCUUGGAUCCCUGCCUGCCUUCGUGUUCAUCUGGACGUCGGUGUUCACCAAGCCAGCAUCAAACGCUGCUCGAGCCUUGCUGUUUGCUGAAUAUGCCACCCAGCCCUUCUACGGCAUUUGCCCUGCACCAGAAGUGCUGAAGAAAUGCUUGGCCUUGGCCGUCCUCUGGUCCCUGGGGAUCCUGAAUGGCCGCAGCGUCAAAAUGGCUGCCUGGGUGCAGACGGUUUUCACCCUGUUGAAGAUGAUGGCGUUGUCCGUAAUUGCUGUCAGUGGCAUAGUUCUCCUCGUCAGCGGGAGAAAGGAGACCCUGGCCAGGUUUGAGGACAUGUUCAACUCAGAGAUGCCCAAUGUGUCGCAGAUCGCCGAAGCCUUUUUCCAAGGACUGUAUGCAUACGGUGGUUGGUGGUCCCUCAACUACAUGGCAGAAGAGAUGAAAAACCCUAGCAGAAAUAUCCCCUUAACUGUGAUGACUGCUGUUCCUGCAGUAAUUGUGUUUUAUUUACUGGUGAACAUCUCAUAUCUGACUGUCCUCACACCGAAGGAAAUUGUCUCCUCAGUUGCUGUGGCAGUAACUUGGGCUGAUCGAGUGAUUCCCUCUGUUGCCUGGAUCAUUCCUCUCUCUGUUGCUGUCUCAAUAUUUGGUGCCCUCAACAGCAGCAUGUUCACAUUAGGUCGAUUAAGCUACGCCGGAAGUCAGGCGGGACAUUUACCUGUUUUAAUCUCCAUGCUCAGUGUCCACACUUGUACACCAGCUCCAGCCAUGAUUUUUUCAACCACCAUUGCAUCCAUUUUUAUAAUCCCCUCUGACCUUCUUAUGUUAACAAAUUACUUUGGAUUUUCUGCCUGGCUUAUGAUUGGAUUGACUUGUGCAAGCCUGAUUGUACUUCGAUACCGGGAACCUAAUCUACAUCGACCAUACAAAGUGUUUCUACCAGUUCCGUUUAUGAUGGUGGCAAUGUCAUUCUUCUUAGUUUUAGCUCCUAUAGUUUGGUCUCCAAACCUGCAAUAUGUUUAUGCUUUCUUGUUUAUGCUGGGGAGUUUUAUUGUUUAUCUUCCCUUUGUACAUUUUAAAAUGCAUUUUGCAUUUCUGGAUAAAAUUACUUGCCACUUACAGCUACUGCUGGAAGUUUCUCCUGCUGAUGGAUCUGCAGAGAGCAAACAUGAAUAAUGGCAAAUGUUUAAUCCCAGUGCAACUGACAGCCAAUAGAGGAUUUUCUUUAUCUGAGAUUGUAGGUCACAAAUUAGAUGUUAGGUGUGAUACAUA